AUGGAAGAGGAGCUCAACACCCUAUGGGAAGGCUUUACGUUAACAGAACAGGAAGCAGAGUCAGUUAAGGUGAAGAACGAAGCUCUACAAUCCCUGGUCAACAAAGGCAAGAGGUGCCUCAUUAUGAAGAUCAAUGCAGACAGGGUGGUGAACAGAGAGGCUUUCAGAGCAACCAUGUCCAAGGUCUGGCAUCCAGAGGGAUGGAUUCAAUUCAAAGAUGAGGGGGAAAACAAAGUAGUAGUGGAGUUCCAGUUUGAACAGGAUAAGGUUAAAGUCUUGCAUGGGAGACCUUGGACCUUUGAUAGGAGCCUAGUGUGCAUGCAGGAGAUUGAUGGCUUGGUUCCUUUAAAAGACCUCACAUUCACCAGAGAAACUUUCUGGGUCCAGGCUCACGACAUGCCUAUGGCAUGCAUGACAAAGGAGGUGGGAGCUGAACUGUUUUCGGGAAUGGAAAGGGUGCACAAGGUAGAGACAGAUGCAGGGGGCUGUGGAUGGGGGUGUAUCCUGAGAGCCAAAGUAGAGGUUGACAUUACAAAACCUCUUAUACGAGGCAAAUUUCUCUUGGCUAAUGGUGUCCGUAGAUGGAUCCCUUUUAAGGCCCCUUCUACAAGAGCUUUCGGGGCUGAAGCAAAACGUUAUGGUGGUGUAGUGCAGGGCAACAAUGGAAGCUCAGGAACGAGGGCAAAAAUGGAACCCAAAGUUGCAGACCAAAACCCAGAAAACAGUGAACAGAAGGUGGGAAAGCCCAAUAUGGAUGGUGUCAGUGAAAACCAAAGGAAAGAGGGGCCGCAAGACAACCCAAAACCUGACUUGGUUAUGGAAGAGGAAAAGCAGAACACGUCUUUCUCCAGCCUGUUGAUCCCCAAUACGGAACCUGUGCCAAAACAAAAUGUCAGGUCACCAAAAAAGGAAAGUCUGAGUUGGCCUGAGAUAAAACAGGUGAAAAUAUUGGCUGCCUCGAGACAACAAGCUUCAUGGAAGAGGAGGGCACGAGGAAAAUCUGCUGCCAGUGAUUCUCUGACCUCCCCAGAAGCACCAACUAGUGGAUCAACAAAGAGGAAAGUGGAGCCAGGUACACUUUCUCUACUUGGUCAUGUUUCUAAACAGGCCAAGCUUAAUGUCCCCACUAAGGGGAUGCAACCUGAGUGUAAGGUGGUGGCUGCUAGGCAGCACCACCAACCACAAUGA